GUCAAAUCUCACAAAUCAUGAAUGAAUUCUAAGUUUUGUUGUACAUUUUCUACAAAUUGGAAACGUUAUUAUCACUAUACUCAACAAAGCGUACAUAGUACAAUGAAUGAAGUAAGUGGAGGAAAACAAGAUAUACCAAAUACUUCUACUUGGGAAACUUUAUCUGGCCAACCUGCAUCUUCAUUAUCUACAAUGCAUCAUCAUCAUCCAACAUUACAACAAGAUACAACUCCAACAGUUGCACAAGUUAUAGUUCCUACUCCUGUAAAACUACAGACACCUAUAUUAAGUUCAACACAAAGUAUACCUGACCAUUGUUCACAGCUUGGUCAUAUACAACAAUCGGGUCUAAUGACACAGGGUACACCACCAGGAACAUUUCCAGAAUCUGAACUUUCACCUGAACUUCAACAACAAGGAUGGAAAAAAUUUUGGAGUAAACGAGAGAAUCGUCCAUAUUUUUGGAAUAAAUUAACUGGAGAAUCUUUAUGGGUAAUACCACCUCUGAAACCUCAGUUUGAUCCAAUUACGGAUCCACUUGGCAUUUGUGGUGUACAACCUGCUUCUGGAAAUGGAACUAUUCCUUCAGGAGGAGCACUUAAACGCCGAGCUUCUGAAGAUAGUGUUGUUCCUGCUGCAAAAAAAUUUGUAUUAGCAGGACCAUGGGAUUUGGAAAUUCCAACAAAUGUUAUAAUAUAUGAAAGGGCUCCUUCAAAUUUACCUCAUGUUCAUCCUGAAGCAGAAGCAUUACGUUGUGGUUUACUUGCAAAACUGAGACAAUGCUAUCAAGAAUUGUGUCAUACUCGUGAAUCUAUAGAUGCUCCAAAAGAUUCCUUUAACAGAUGGUUAAUGGAAAGAAAAGUUAUAGACUGUGGUUCAGAUCCUCUUUUACCAAGUCAGUGUUUCCCUGAAAUUUCUAUGUCUAUGUAUCGUGAAAUUAUGAAUGACAUCCCUAUUAAAUUAGUCCGGCCAAAAUUCACUGGUGAUGCAAGAAAACAAUUAUCACGAUAUGCGGAAGCUGCAAAAAAAAUGAUAGAAUCAAGAGCAGCUUCAUCAGAAAGUAGAAAGGUUGUAAAAUGGAAUGCAGAAGAUACAUUUCAGUGGUUGAGACGAACAGUUGGUGCUACAUUUGAUGAUUUCCAAGAUCGUCUUGCACACUUGAAACGACAAUGUCAACCACAUCUUACUGAGACUGUAAAAGCUAGUGUCGAGGGUAUCUGUCUAAAAAUUUAUCAUUUAUCAACAGAAUAUGCAAAAAAAGUUAAAGAUAAAAAUAAUCAAAUAUUAAAGGAUAAUGGUUUAGGAAAUGUUAUACCAUUAGGAGGACCAGCUAGUGCACAAAGAAAAGUUUGGUGUUAUCCUGUGCAAUUUUCUCUUCCUACUCCUCGACUUCCACAAGUGGAUUAUCUUCCUGAACGUGAACAGACAAUGUUGCGUUUUCAUGGUGAUACUGUGUGUAUUAAUAAUAUACAUCUUGCUAAAUUAGAACAUCUGUAUAGAUACAAUUGUUUUGAUGAUAAGAAAUUUGAAAUGUUUUUACCUCGUGUUUGGUGUAUGUUAAAACGUUAUCAAACAUAUCUUGGAAUCAAUGAAGGACAAGCAACACAAAUGGCUCUCCCUGUCACAGUUUUUGAAUGUCUUCAACGAUCAUUUGGUGUAACAUUUGAAUGUUUUGCAUCUCCAUUAAAUUGUUACUUUAGACAAUAUUGUUCAGCAUUUGCUGAUACAGAUUCUUAUUUUGGAUCAAGAGGAGCUUUUUUAGACUUUAGACCCGUAAGCGGCUCAUUUCAAGCUAAUCCGCCAUAUUGUGAAGAACUUAUGGAAGCUAUGGUCAAUCAUUUUGAACGUCUUUUGGCUGAUUCUACUGAACCUUUAUCUUUCGUAGUAUUCUUACCAGAAUGGCGAGAUCCAGCACCUAAUGCUCUUAUUAAAUUAGAAAGUAGCCAUUUUAAGCGUAAACAAGUAGUUGUACCUGCAAUGGAACAUGAAUAUAGACAUGGAUUCCAGCACAUAUUACCAAAAGGUGAAGUCAAUAUUAGAGCAGCACAUGGAACAUUAGUUGUAUGGUUACAAAAUGCAGCUGGUAGUGCUCGUUGGGGACCUACUGAAGAAAGAGUUGAAGCAUUAUUAGAAGCAUGGCGUCCAGGAAGAGAAAGAGAACGAGAUAGACAAGAACUUUUAUCACCACCAAGACAAACACAUCAGCAAAUGCCUUCUACUCCAAUUCCUGUUUUAACAACACCCACAACUCCAACUGUAUCAUUACAAACAUUAUCUACACAUCCUAUAUAAUUCUUAAAUAAUAUUCUA